AAACAGCAGCCACUUCACGGACAGCGACUGUUCUCGCGUCUUUCUGCCCUUGCUGUGGAAGCCCGGCGGACGAACUCCUUUCUUAAAGGCGCCGCCGGACCCAUGCUCCUUUUUCUUCGUCACGACGAGAGAUUCCGCGCACACCUAGUACAAAGAGGGAGAGAGCCUCCAGUCUUCUUUUCAUCGACACGAAAUAAAAGGCCAACCUCUCAUGGUGUCAUCCGUCGACUGAGCGCCUCCUCGAAUCGAACCGAACAGUGCGGGGACUUGGAGAGGAGCUAAAUCAAGCCAAGCUGCUUCGAGUUCUGUUUUCUUUUCUCCACCUCCUUUUUCUCUCCCCCUUCUUCGUUUUCGAUCCCAAUUUGACGGAAGCCACUCGUAGGGUGGAGUCGACCCCGUUUUUUCAACUGCUGAGAGAGGCUCAUCAUUCCCACGUUUCAGGUGACAGUCAUGAAGGACAGCAUGGCCAACAACAGCACUGCCUGUAUUUCCCAGGCUCGCAAAUCUGUGGAACAACUUAAAAUGGAAGCCUGCAUGGACAGAAUAAAGGUGUCCAAAGCAGCAGCAGAUCUGAUGGCCUACUGCGAAGCCCAUAUACGAGAGGACCCACUGAUCGUCCCAGUGCCUGCCUCAGAGAACCCAUUCCGGGAGAAGAAGUUUUUCUGCACUAUCCUCUGAGAUGAGCCCUAGACACAGCCUCUAUCCAGAGGAGACCGCACCCCUAGCUGCGAGCCAGCUUUGGAUUUUGAGGGGCAGCUACAUCUGUUGUUGAGUCAGCUCCCUCCUGGUGGCCUGAAAUGUGAGGGAGUUGCUUUUAGA